CGUUGGGUUUCCUUUAGGACCUUGGUGAGGUUUGGAACAGUCAGGGGUCUUAAAUCCGCACAAGAAGCAUCCAGCCAUGUCGGACGCGGUGGUCAGUUUCAUGAAGGACUUUUUGGCCGGUGGUAUCGCCGCUGCCAUCUCCAAAACAGCUGUCGCUCCUAUUGAGAGAGUCAAGUUGUUGCUGCAGGUCCAGCAUGCCAGCAAACAGAUCACAGCAGAGACACAGUACAAAGGAAUCAUGGACUGUGUGGUCAGGAUCCCAAAGGAGCAGGGCUUUGUGUCCUUCUGGAGAGGUAACCUGGCCAACGUGAUCCGUUACUUCCCAACUCAAGCCCUGAACUUCGCCUUCAAAGACAAGUACAAGAAGAUCUUCCUUGGCGGCGUGGAUCAAAAAACACAGUUCUGGCGCUACUUCGCCGGUAACCUGGCAUCCGGUGGUGCUGCAGGUGCGACAUCCCUGUGCUUUGUCUAUCCCCUUGACUUCGCCAGAACAAGACUUGCUGCCGACAUCGGCAAAGGCGCCGCUGAGAGAGAAUUCACCGGUCUUGGAAACUGCAUCGCCAAGAUCUUCAAAACCGACGGCCUGAGGGGUCUCUACCUGGGUUUCAACGUGUCUGUCCAGGGUAUUAUCAUCUACAGAGCAGCCUACUUUGGAUGCUUCGACACAGCUAAAGGUAUGCUGCCAGAUCCCAAGAAUACGCACAUCGUCGUCAGCUGGAUGAUCGCUCAGACAGUCACCGCCGCAGCUGGUCUUGUCUCAUAUCCCUUCGACACCGUCAGACGUCGUAUGAUGAUGCAGUCUGGACGCAAAGGAGCUGACAUCAUGUACAAGGGAACAAUCGACUGCUGGAGGAAGAUCCUCAAGGAUGAGGGAUCAAGAGCCUUCUUUAAGGGAGCCUGGUCCAACGUGAUCAGAGGCAUGGGUGGCGCUUUCGUGUUGGUGCUGUACGAUGAGAUCAAGAAGUUCACAAAGUAAACUUUCUCAUCUCCCAGAUCCCAAGGAAACCCUUCAUCUUUCUUAAGUCUUAAUUGUGAUAGAGUGAUAACAGCUUGUGGUGAAUUACAGUUUGGGCAUGUAAGCUUCUGUGAUAGCCCUGAGAAGGUAGGUAUGGGUAUACCUGACCUGAGUGAACAUGCCCCCACAGAAAUGUGUAUAUACCCCAUUCUACAACAUGUCAGACGGCAGAGAUUUCAGUACAACUAAGUCAAGCUGGUGGUUCAGUUGUAUUUGCCGAUGUACAGGAUGAAGCCACUACCUGUCAUAUCCUCCCUAUGUUAAAACAGUCUUUGAAGCCCAUGUGUUGUAAUGUUGUGACCAUUAAGAUCCAUGUAUCACACCUCCUACAGUAUUUUAAUAAUAAAGAUUUAUUAGUCUAA